GCUGUGCAGGUGCAAGCAUCACCACAUUGUAAGAGCACAUAAUAUAAUAUUUCAUUCCUUGACGUACGACGAAAACAGCAAAGCAGGGACCAACAAUGAUGAUUUCAGUCUGCCUCACCUUACUCUGCUUUUGGGUGGCACAAGAUAUUGCCAGCUGUGAUAAAACUCCAACACCCGUUGACUUCUUGACUGUAGAACUGGGUGAUAGCGUUACAUUGAACUGCACCUACAAUUGCUCAUCAGGAUUUGUCCAUGGCUACUGGAGUACAGCAUCAAAUAACUCUGAUUGUACUGAAAUAUCUAGAAAUGGUACCUUUUGCACUGUGGCGGUCUGUCUAUCAGUUGUGUCUGCUGAAGAUGUAAAAGAGAACUACACUUGCUACACAGAAGAUCGAGAGCACCCUCAACUUUUGCAAAAAACAGAGCGAAUAAUUUCCCUUCAAGUUCGAAGAAAAAUCCCACACUGGACAGUUGCCCCAAAGACUGACACUAAAAAUGUAUCUUUUUCUGCUGAGACAAAACAUUCAAGCGGAGGGGAAUUUACUGGGAUCAAGGUUUUGGCAACAGUCACUGUUACAGUGGCCAUGGUUCUUGCAGGACUGGCUGUCUACCUGUGUGUGAAUCGGAACAGACAGAACUGGAAUGGUAAAGGAGAAUCAGGUGUGUCAAGGUCAUGCUUACCACAACCACCAAAUGUUCCUCUCUUGCCAUUAAAAGGAACACCAUCGAUACAGAGUGAGAGAGUUACUGUGAGGAUUCCUCCACCUGAUAAUGAGAGUGAGACUGAAGUUCCAUAUGCUGACAUAAUGAUCACCGUCCGAGGGGUCAGUACACCAGAGCUCACCCAGGUCGGCUACUUGGCAACGGGAGAGAGGAGGGGAGAUGAAUCAAGAGCUCACCUGCAAGCCUCUCGUUCAGCUGACAGACUACACGUGCCCCAGCCUAGAGAGGUCAGCCGCAAGAUGAGCACCAACUCUGAGUACGCAGUCAUCACAUAUGCCUGAAUUCGUUUGAUGCUGUUUGAUGAGAAGAGGAAAGAAGAAAAACGUGUUUUGUUAUAUAUGCUUCCAUUCGCUCUUUUGUUAAAAUUUUUAUACAAACCAAAUAUUCAUACUUUUUAUUCUUUGCGUGUGCUGUGUCUAUACUAAAAUAUGCAUUUAAUAAAGGCAUUACUUUUCGUGA